GCGUGAACGGCGCAGAGUGGGGUUAGACGAGACGUUCUUCUGCUCGUCCGUGUCUUGACCGUUCUUCAUCCUCGACAUCGUUGUCCGGUCGACGGACAGAAAACUUGCAAAAAUGGCCCUUUUGUCCCUUCGCCUGGCCGCCUCCGUGGCGAGACAACUGCCGAACGCCACUGUGCAGAUUAAAUACCCUAGCGGAAUAGCUUCCCACAAAUACCAUGUCUCCUGCAGCAGAAGGUCUGCGGAAAUCUCUUCCAUCUUGGAAGAACGUAUCCUUGGUGCCGCACCAAAGGCCAAUCUUGAAGAGACUGGACGCGUCUUGAGUAUUGGAGAUGGUAUCGCUCGUGUCUAUGGCCUCAAGAACAUCCAGGCCGACGAGAUGGUGGAAUUCAGCGCAGGCUUGAAAGGUAUGGCCUUGAAUUUGGAGCCCGACAACGUCGGUGUGGUCGUCUUCGGUAACGACAGGCACAUCAAGGAAGGAGACAUCGUCAAGCGUACUGGUGCCAUCGUCGACGUACCCGUAGGUGAUCAACUUUUGGGACGUGUAGUUGAUGCCCUGGGUAACCCAAUCGACGGCAGGGGCCCACUCAACAAUAAACUCAGAUUCCGUAUCGGAACCAAGGCUCCCGGUAUCAUCCCUAGGCAAUCUGUCCGGGAACCUAUGCAGACUGGCAUCAAGGCCGUCGACUCUCUGGUACCAAUUGGUAGAGGACAGAGAGAGUUGAUCAUUGGAGACAGGCAGACUGGAAAGACUGCUCUCGCCAUCGACACCAUUAUCAACCAGAAGCGUUUCAACGAAGGAUCUGAUGAGAAGAAAAAGCUGUACUGUAUAUACGUAGCUAUUGGUCAGAAGAGAUCCACUGUCGCCCAGAUUGUGAAGCGAUUGACGGACAGUGGAGCCAUGGGCUAUACCAUCAUCGUCUCGGCCACGGCCUCCGAUGCCGCGCCCCUUCAAUACCUAGCCCCAUACUCUGGCUGUGCCAUGGGUGAAUUUUUCAGGGAUAACGGCAAGCACGCCCUGAUUAUCUACGACGACUUGUCGAAACAGGCCGUGGCCUACCGACAAAUGUCCCUUUUGCUGAGGCGACCCCCAGGUCGUGAGGCCUACCCCGGUGACGUCUUCUACCUCCACUCUCGUCUCCUCGAGAGAGCAGCCAAGAUGAACGACACCCUCGGUGGUGGUUCCUUGACUGCCUUGCCAGUUAUUGAAACCCAGGCUGGUGAUGUGUCUGCCUACAUUCCCACCAACGUUAUCUCCAUCACUGAUGGACAGAUCUUCUUGGAAACUGAGUUGUUCUACAAGGGUAUCCGACCAGCCAUCAACGUCGGUUUGUCUGUGUCGCGUGUAGGAUCUGCUGCCCAGACCAAGGCCAUGAAGCAGGUCGCCGGUUCCAUGAAAUUGGAGUUGGCCCAGUACCGUGAGGUUGCCGCUUUCGCCCAGUUCGGUUCCGAUUUGGACGCUGCCACUCAACAACUCUUGAGCCGUGGUGUCCGACUUACGGAACUCCUGAAGCAGGGCCAAUAUGUACCAAUGGCCAUUGAAGAACAGGUCGCCGUCAUCUACUGCGGAGUCCGAGGAUACCUUGACAAAAUGGACCCCGCCAAAAUCACUGUCUUUGAGCAGGAAUUCCUUGCCCACAUCAAGGCCACCCAACAAGAGCUCCUUGCCGUUAUCGCAAAGGAAAGCAUAAUCAGUGAAGCGUCAGACGCCAAAUUGAAGAAGAUCGUUCUAGACUUCUUGGCUGGAUUCAACGCAUAAAAAUCGUCCAGCAAAAUCGCCGAGGCGUCACUAGAGAAGUAAAUAAACGAGUCAAGCCGCCGCGCUGUUGGGGAAUGCACCUCAACCCGACACACGAACUCCCGAAUUCUGUCCGUUUGGGAAAGCGCGUCGGGUUUUCUGCUCUAACAUCAUUCAACAAUUCCAUAUUCGAACGAUAAACACGAUAGUCAUACAACAUAUAUUGAUACGUUACACGUUGGUUCUUUAAUAAAAAAUAAAGUACCUACUA